AAAUUAGAACAAAAAAACGAUCACCUUGCGUUAUUGUUGAUAAUACAAAUGGAGGAAUCGGGCGUUGCAAUUCGACAAUUAGUCUUAUAUCGUUAUCUCAAUUAGUUGGAACAUGGGAAAUUGAAUUGACUUCAGAUGAAUCUUUAGAUUUAACCGAGUUGGGAGUUUGUUCUAGCCAUUUCAACUUCGACCACAAACAACUUCACUCACAUAAAACUAAAGCAUUAAGGCAUUUUAGUAAAAGUGUGGUUCAUACAAAAAAAUGUUUAUUACGUAACGGAUAUAAAAAAUUCUUUAGCAGAGGUAGAGAUUGUAUAGAACAUUGUUGGAAUAUAUGCGGAAGAGAUAUUCAAGUACCGUGUCUUGGUUUAAAAUCGUGCCCUGCAUUUCAAAAAAUUCAAAAUAUUAGUUCAAUGUUUACUAAUGAUGACAGAUAUGUUAGAUAUAUUUGUACAAAAUAUUUUGAAAAUCACGGUGGGCAUCUUCAUAUACGUUCAGGACCUGGUAGAAAACCUCAAACUUGCGUUUAUGACGAAUUACAUAUAGAAGAUACUAACCUUGUUUUAAGACUUUUUUCAAAUUGGUUAUUAAAUCUUUCAUAUUCUCAAAAUGAGAAUAAAGAAAAAAUAUUGCGGCAUAUGAUGAAAUUGUUGGAAACUCCAGAAUCACGUUCAUCGUUCUUAAUAGAUACAGAGUUUUAUCCACCUAGUCCAUUGUUUGUAAAAAUUGCUAUGAAAAUUCAUAAGUUUGAUGGUUACUCGCCUACAGAAAAAAAUUUAUAA